UAUGGAAAGGUUUGGUUGGUUUCAGGGAAAAUGGAAUUGAAUGCAGCUCUCUAUGACUAUUCAAUUCGAAUGAACUGUCUAUCUCCUCUGUUACGUGAAGCACCAAUCGAUAUCAAUUUUCUUGAGGAGAGCAGAGAAGCUAAAGUGUGCAAGUCUUUACGUCAUUUACAGAAAAGCUUUGAUAGCUGCACGCUUGGCUUUGCUCUGUAUCAUAUUAGAGCAAGUCUCACUCAUUCACACUCACACUAAUUUUAACCUCUGGUGAAUGUUGCUCUCUAGCUCUUUCUAAUGGCUUCUGUAUUGUCUGCUCAAGAAGCCUCACAGCUACUCAAAUGUCAGACAUGGAUCUUGAAAGUGUUUAUCCACUGUGAAGGUUGCAAGAGGAAAGUGAAGAAAGUUCUACUGGGAAUUGAUGGUGUUUACACCACAUCUAUUGAGGCAGAGCAAAACAGAGUCACAGUCACUGGAGACAUUGACGUUCAGACCCUCAUCAAGAAGCUGAUUGUAAAAACUGGUAAACAUGCCGAGCUAUGGCCAGAAAAUCUCACCAAGAAAGAAAAGACCAAGCCUGUGAAAGCCAAGAACAACGACAAACAGAAAUCCUCAGAAAUUUGCCAAAGUCAGCAGAGUACUACAUGUGACAAAGUUGGAGUGGCCAGGCUAAACAGAGCAAGUGAGGGUGACACAGCUAAGUUUAACAGAGAGGAACAAUGUCAAGUAUCAAAGAAGGGUCACAUUCCGCCGGAGAAAUCUCCUGAUGGCCAUGAUUCUCAGGCCAUGGAUCUUCAGCUCGGUGAAAGUGAAAAAGGGAGUGUUAGUGGCAAAAAGAACAGGAAAGGCCAAAGAGAUGAUUUGGGUUCAACAAGCUCCUGUGGACCUGCAAGCAUAGGAUCUCAACAUUAUGGUGAUCACACUGCUGGUCCAGUUGAUCUCAGCCAUAUCAUCGCAAACAUGUAUCCGAUGGAUCUGGUGUUCAAUGGAAGUGACAUUACAGCAGCUGUUACAGCACUGCCUAGCAAGAGCUUGGCUCCUUACUAUUGUUAUGGUCCAUCAUCACAGUACAAGGAUGCAGCUAGUGCUGAACAGAUUGAUCAAGUGAAAGCAACAUUUCUUAACAGUGUGCAGAUUUUCAGUGAUGAAAAUGCUAAUGGCUGUUUUAUUAUGUGAUUUCAAGCCAAUGCUAUGUGUGUGACAAUAAAGUGAAAAGCUAGAAUAUUUCAGUAGGGUAGGUUAUUGCAUUUUCAGCUGUAAACCUUUAUUAUUUUCAUGCUUAAUAUGAGAGGAUUAAGUCAAGUGUGACCCCUUAUGUCUAUUCAGUGUAGAAUAUUCACUACACAAUUCCUCUUGUAAUAUAUACAAAGAAUAUAUCGAUUCCCUUAAGAGUUCUCCUAACCGAAACUCCAUUUGACAUUCAAAAGCUAGCGUCAAAAGAGAACCAUCAUAACUCUCAAGUUUGCUAGACAAUAUUCUUCUUUGGCAUAAUGAAGAAUCAGUGAAAAGAAAGACUUUGACUUGGGCUGGAAACGAAACAAUGGGUGGUCAUUCAACGUAAGCAAAAAUGAUAUGAAAUGAUUGAUAGAGAAUAUCAAAUUCUUUCUUGCAGUUCAAAUGUUCAAUGAAGACCACCCAUUCUUUUGGCCUGAAAGUAAAAGACAUUCCCAUCCAGUGUUGUAAACUUCUUUUCUGUUUAAGGUGUAAUACAACUUGCUUCAGCUAAUUAACGAAGGGGUGUAAAUCUGUCUACCACAGUAUAUGAAGCACACACUUGACUAUGAAGUGAAUGAUUUGCUUGUGGACCUAAACUUCUUGUAAGCAAAUACCAAAGAAAGAAAGAAGAAUAAGCUAAGUAAAAUACUAAAAUGUAGUAAUUCCAAAUUAAAGAAACAAAAAAAUUGAGAGGCUGAUAGGGCUAGACGAUAUUAAGAGAGCAGGUGGGAUCACAUUGACAUAAAAAAGCCAGGACACAACAAGAUCACAAAGCUU